UAAAAUGUUUUGUUUUUCUGCAGUUUGUUGUUAGUGCUGAACGGUGAACGGGCAGCGUUUGGUUGCCAUCAUCAUCAUCAACAAAAUCUCUCGCACACACAGCAUAUCGAAAGAACGUACUUGUUCAUAAGACGCUAUCUUCACACGUCUCUCUCAAUAUACACAUAUGUAUCUCUGUGUGUGUAUGUGUGUGUGAGCUAAAAAUAGCGCCUGAAAUCAAGUGCCAAGUGACCAAAAAACGAAAAAAAAAAAAACACACAAACACACACAAAAUACAAUAAACCUGGCAAAGACAAUCAGAGGCGAAGACAAAACAAUAACAGAGAGUGCAAAUUGAAUAAAAACAGAAACCGACGAAUUUUGAUCAAGUGCAAGUAGAGCAAUAGAGGACAAAAAUCACAACAGGUGUUUCAGCUUUAAUUACGAAUUAAUCUACCUAACACUUUCGACCUUCACACACACCUAUGUGUGUGUGCAUCUGUGUGUGUGUGCUUAACUGAUUUGCUGCUCGCACGUGCAACAAAAGAUGGUUGAAGAAUUUCUCGAGAAAUUGCCAGAAAUCGACACACGUUACGAGGAUAUUGUGCCCAUGGAACAAGUGAGCUCGAUGGUCUCCAACGGUGGCGGCAGCGUUACCAUGCAGCGCGACGAUGAAUACCGAAAUCGCAUCAUGAAAAGUAAGUGUAUUGAAAUCGGAAACGGCCUCAAGAUAUCGGACCGCACGGAUAGUCUGUGGCAGUCGACAGCUGCCAGCAUGCCAGCGGCAGUUGGCCAGCAGCGGCAUGCAGCACGAUCUAUGCAACAGCAACAAUUCAUGCCACACCACCAGCUUCAGCACCAGCACCAGCGCACCGCUAACGGCCAACGUGCCAACACCAUAUCGAGCAACUAUAACAACAAAAUGCAGCUGAACAGCAAUCACAGCAGCCAGCGCGAGAUAAGUGCGUCGCCUCGUCGCGUGGCACUCGAUACAACGGCCUCUGGGUCGACGACAGGCUUUGGUUUUAGUCGAGCGGACGAGGAAAUCAGCGACAAGGCAUCAACAUGCGGCAAAUUGCUCAUAUUUCUAUCCGUGGCACUAGUGAUAAUGACGCUGCCCUUCAGCCUGUUCGUCUGCUUCAAGGUGGUGCAGGAAUACGAGCGCGCGGUUAUCUUUCGCCUGGGUCGACUCAUGCAGGGCGGCGCCAAGGGUCCAGGCAUUUUCUUCAUAUUGCCCUGCAUUGAUUCGUAUGCACGCGUCGAUUUACGUACUCGCACCUACGAUGUGCCCCCACAGGAGGUUCUCACAAAGGAUAGCGUUACGGUUUCGGUGGAUGCAGUGGUUUACUAUCGCGUAUCAAAUGCGACCGUCUCUAUAGCGAACGUGGAGAAUGCUCACCAUUCGACCAGACUACUGGCACAGACUACUCUACGAAACACAAUGGGAACUCGGCAUUUGCAUGAGAUACUCAGCGAGCGUAUGACGAUUUCCGGCACCAUGCAGGUUCAGCUCGACGAAGCGACCGAUGCUUGGGGCAUCAAAGUUGAACGUGUUGAAAUCAAGGAUGUGCGUUUGCCCGUCCAGUUGCAACGAGCCAUGGCCGCCGAGGCUGAGGCAGCACGUGAGGCACGGGCCAAAGUUAUUGCCGCCGAGGGCGAGCAGAAAGCAUCGAGAGCGCUGCGUGAGGCAUCCGAGGUGAUUGGCGAUUCGCCGGCAGCGCUGCAGCUGCGCUAUCUGCAGACACUCAAUACCAUAUCCGCGGAGAAGAACUCAACGAUUGUAUUCCCGCUGCCCAUCGAUUUGAUAACAUAUUUCCUGAAGACUUCGGAGGCAACCACGCAACAGAAUGCGGCUGCAGCAGUUGCUGCCCAGCAGCAGCAGGCGCAACAGCAUCAGGGAAUCAUGCAGCAGCAGCAAUAUGUCCAACAGCAGCAGCAGCAGCAAGCACAGCAGCAACUGAUGUCGCCGCCGCCGCAGCAACAACAGCCGCAACAACAACAACAACAACAAUAUCAGCAAAUUUCAUCAGCUAUGUAAAUGAGAAUUGCGAGACAUAAUUAAAGUUUCGGCUUGGCCGAAUUUCGAAUGCGCUGUGUGAAAACAGAAAGUAUAUAGGUGAGACAGUUGCAGUUGGUUGUAGCCGACUGCAUGAUGCUCGUUCAUGAAAUAAGAUAUAGAAAAUACCAGAAUAGAGUCCAAUUUAUAGAGAAAUGUUGCAAAGUUCAGAUGAGGUAUGCCCCAGAGGGCGUGGACCACAAGCCUUUAAGACAAUGUAUAGAGUAGCAAAAACAAUCAACAGACUUAAAUGAAACAUAUGAGAACAAAGUCAAGCAAACUGAAAAGAUUAGCAUAGACCAAAAAAACAAGAAAGCUACGAAAAGCGUAUGAGGAGUAAAAAAACUAGUAAGUGCUGAAAGAUAUUUUCUUAACCGAUUUGCUAUGCUCUCAGGUGCAUACCUUAUAUAAACUUAACACAUGUUAUCAUAUACAAACCUAUUCUAGAUCAAGAUACAUAUUCUCCAGCAAGAAUACUCUCCUAUAUAGUACAUCACGAACGAGCAUUAAAUAUGUAGAAAAACUUGUAAAGUGCGCCACUGCCAUGUUAAUUAACAUAGCCUUAACAGAAUGUUAGCAGCAUUACCUUUGAAUAUGUACACCCUGUGUUAAGUGUAAGUGCAGCGCAUUCCACACACACACACACCCACACACACAGACAAAACAAAAGUACUGCAUACAACGAUUCAGUAUAGAAUCAAAAAUUACAAACAAAAAAAACAAUUUAGUUCUAGACACCAAGAAGUGCGAUUCGUAUGCAUUCGUAUAUAAUGAUAUACAUAUAUAACAGAUCUAGGUACAAUACCUAAUUGCCCCAAGAAUGUCAACAGAGCUAGUGAAAAUUCUAAAACCAACCAGUUUUGAGAAUAUUAAAAUGGAUUAGUAAUCCGAUACUAAUACAUUUUGAAAUACUCAAAAAUGGUUGGUUUGGUUUUGAAUUUUCGUCAAAUCUAGUUUAUUGACAAGAGUUUUUGAAUAGUUUUCGAGGCACAUCUAUAUAUUAGUGAGGUUUUUGUGUUUUUGUAAAUGUUUAGACGAUAAGCGAUGUUAAUAAAAUGAAUGCAUUAGGUAAAUUUCUGAUAUAUAUACUGAUAUAUAUAUAUAUAUAUAUAGUAUACAUACUCGUAUUGCAUUUACAAAUUGCUCUAUAGCUGUGUGUGCCAAUUGUGAUAGAACAAUUUGUACAGCUCGUUAGCGCAGCAAAUCGAAAGGAAAACUAAGAUUAUGUAACUAUAUGGCCAUAGAGACAAGGAAUACUACAUAUAUAUAAUCGAUCUACUGGCGUAUAUGUAUAUACAAAUAUAUACUUGUUUACAGAGUUCAUCUGAUUUGACAGUCAGCAGCCAGUUGAACGGAAUUCACUUUCAACAGCUGCCUUAUAAGUACGAUAUAUGUAUAUGAAUAUAUAUAUAUACUACAUACAUAUAUAGACCCAAUGAAAAGC